AUGAUUGUCAACAUAAUAAUUUUGUCGUCUUGUGGGAGAAGGGGAGCGUUUCUUCAGCACAAGAAGAGAGAAGCUUAUCAGCAGAUGUUAUCCAUUGAAAACCCUCUACCAGAUCCGGCGUGUCCUUGUGAAAUCUCACAACUGAAAAGUAGUGAUGAGAGGGCUUCUGAUAAGCUUGCGUUGCAAGAGGUAGAUCUGUUCAAGUCAGGCCUCGAUGACCACAACCCACUGCCCAAGUUCUCUAUAAGAGACUAUGUUUUUAGAGUCCGGAGCAAGGAUAUCAAGACGAACUGGCCUUUUACUCAGAAGAAUUUGCAACUUUGUCUGAAUCAUGGCUUGACAGAUUUGUUGCCGCCUUUCCAGCCUCUUGAUCCUGUGAGAAGCCAAUCCACAAAGAGAUGCACAGUGGAAUGUAGGUCACUUGACAAUGAAACUAUAAGCAUUCCCAAUGGUGAACCUUCUAGGCGAAGCAAUAAUCUUGGGUCACAGACUUCCGAUGAUGCUGGACGUAGCCAGAAGCUAGCAGUGGAUUGUGUACAUAUAAAUACAAGUGGAUCUGACGGAGAUAAAGAAUUUCAAUCGAAAGCAACUGUUCAAUCUCCUUCUGAAAUAGACUCAGUUCCCACAAAUAGAAGCCCUUACUUGGAGCUAGAAACUGAUACUUUGUUGGAAUCCUUAGAAGCAAAAGUUGAGCCUGCAGCUCCUCCUGAAUCUCACAAGAUUGAAAGCACAGUUCGACACCCGGUUAAGAAGUGCAGAUUGAUUUUCAAAUUGAGUAGCGUUGCUGAUCCAAGCUCAAAGGAAGAUAGUGCACCUACCAAUCUUAUGGUCUCAGAAACAAUGGCUUCGAAAGUGUGCCCAGUUUGCAAGAAUUUCUCCUCCUCUUCCAACACCACCUUGAAUGCUCACAUCGACCAGUGCCUUUCUGUUGCGUCAAAUGUUAACUGGACCGCGAAUUCUAAGGUGGUUAAGCAUAGAAUAAAACCAAGGAAGACAAGAUUGAUGGUGGAUAUCUAUGCAACUGCCCCAUACUGUACCUUAGAAGAGCUUGAUAGAAGAAACGGAACAAACUGGGCCACAAACUCAAGUUUUCCUGCUCAAGAGAUUGAGUUGUGUGCCGAAGAGGAAGAGCAGAAAGUUUCACCUGUUACUUUUGAGGACACUGAUAAUGAAGAUGGAGUCUACAUUGAUGCUAACGGCACAAAAGUUCGGAUAUUAUCGAAGUUUAGUAACGUGUCACCAGUGUUAAAAUUAGCAGACAAUCCUGGACCUUCAAAACUUUUGAAGGGAGGUAACGGAAGCAAAUUCCUUUCAACCAAGAAGAAAAAGUCACAUAAACAUCGCGAGUUCUUGAAACUUGCUCCUCAAAGUAAAGCAUUCGGCUUUCCCAAGCCUCGUGCAUUCGGGUCUCCCAAGCCUCGUGGUGGUUUUGAGGUUCUUUCUGGUCAGAAAAGAGAUUUUGCUGCAGAGGUCAGACAGGAGAAAAAUGGGCGCUGCACACAGCGCUUUAAGGCUCAAGAACAGCUCGAACUCAAUGAUCCAGGAACUAUUAGACAAUGGGUAGGUUCUAAGCGAAGUUGUCUCACAAAGAAGACCAGUGUUAAAGAUGACCUUCAGCGCUCAAGGUAUAAUGUGACACAGGAAUUGCUUGUUGAAAGUGAUCAAUGUCCUUUAUAUGUGGAGAGAAGCUGUGUUCCGAAAUCCCCAACUGCAUCUGAAAAUCCAGUUUCUUCUCCGUUGAGCAACAAGAAAAUCGAGACGUCGUCAUAUGAACCUCAGACAGAUGAAUAUGAGGAACAGCCUGCUCCAAGAAAGAAAAUUGGGUUUUCCUCUAUGGGGUCUCGGGUACAUGGAGAUGGGAAGACGUCUCUUGUACUACCCAAUCAGACCGUGAAGCAGUUGAGAAAAGAUGGCACCUAUUUGCGUGGUGGUUGCAAGGGUCAUAAAAAACAUACAGGAAAGCAUGGGUCUUCUCCAAGCAACAUGGAAGUUGAGAUGAGUGCAGGUCCACCCAAAAGCUCUGAUAGUUCUAUUUUUGACUUAAAAUUGUCAAACAGUCAUCAUGCACUUUCAUCGAAAGCUAAGAAGUUCUCAUCUUUGAGGAAGAAUCUGUUGUCAGUCAACCAAGCAUCUGUGCCUGAAUGCAAAUCUAAUUUCAAGAGAAAAAGUUCAGCCCCUAAGAAGUCUCUGGUGCAUUGCAUAUCAAAAUUUGAUAAAGAUGUGGUGGCAUGGCAAUCUAAAGUGGACCAACAGCAUGAUUUGAUUCAAAAGAAAACUGAGAAGCAGUCUCUUGGUACAACUGGAGUUCUGAAAAUCAAAAAGAAGAGAAUAGAAGUAAACAUCUCUAGAGAGGAGGAAGCAAUGUCUUUGAAGAGUUCGUCAUUUGCACCCGAGUGUCAUGGUAAUGAUGUGGGUGAAAACAUAGAUUCUUCUGCCAGAGUGAGCAGUGCUUUGGUAGAUACAUCAAAUGAUGUAGAACAUGUUAGAAGUGAGGUUCAAACUCCUGGCAAGGAUGAUGUUACUGAACCAGUAGCCAGCAUGGCCGUCAGAGAAAGUUUUAUGGGUCUGGGCAAAUCUUUACAUCCGGGAUUUCAUGAGCUGGAUAGUCCUGGUGCUCAAUAUGAUUCUCUGCAUGGGAUCGAAGUAUAUAGGGGACGUUUUUGUGGAGCCGAAGCAUCAAUUUGUCCGAAUGAGUCGGGUUUUGGUAAUGGACAUGGGAUGAUUUGUGGGGAUGUAGUUGGUAAUGUUGUGAUUGGCGAGAACACUCAUAUGGAAACAGUAUCGGACUCUAAAGAUGGGGAAGGAAGUUACUUACCUGAGGUUGAUCCAAUUCUUAUUCCUGGGCCGCCUGGAUCCUAUUUGCCUAGUCCUGGGGGUACAGACUCGGAUGAUCUUCAAGGAAAUUCAUCAUUAACCACAAGCAUGGUUCAAUCUUCUGAAGAUAACCAUGAUGUGGUUGAUAGAGAUUCUUCAGAUUCUCCUAUUUCUGAAACAUCAACUGUCUCUAGCUCUGCUGUGGCAAGAUCUGAUUCAAAAUCCUCAGAGCUGUCCGUAGGACAGCAGGCUGUCAAAGACGAGAUCAGGACAAGCUUCUCAGGUGCUAGUGUCGAUCCUGGUAUGGAAAAUUCUAUCCCAUUUCCACAGGCUGUUAACUUAGGAAAGGAAAAAAUCAAUCUAGAGGAUUUGAGAACCAAUGUGCUCUUAAUUGAUAAGGGGCCUCUCAGUUUCAAAAAUGAUCAGCCAUGCUGUUGCUCACGGAAGGAAGCAGCAUCUCAGGGUUUCGCUUUAAAUUAUCAAGAUUCACCACUUUUAAGGCGACGGACCACGGCUUCACUGCCAUUGACUGCCUCCGGCAAGCAAAUGAUUUGUGAUCCAAACACAAGACACAACAGUUUGAACUCGAGGUCUGAAAUGUUUUCACUCAGCAACUACCCAACUUCAGCAACUGAAAAGGUGGCUAUACCUACCUUGAAAUCACCUGCUGGGCAUGUUCCUGUGACAGUUUCUGCUGAUUCUGAGGUAAAGUUCCCAAUUGAUGGUGAUCAUGAUUCUGGCAGUCCAUCUGUUUCAAAUUCUGUUCUCAGGUUGAUGGGGAAGAACUUAAUGGUGGUCAACAAAGAUGGAGAUGCAUCCCCAAAACUUAGACAGUCCCAGUCUCAGAUGAUGAAUGACCACGCAAAGCCACAGUUUUGCUCGGUUUCUGGUGUCCCUCCUUGCAAUGUUCAAAAUAAGGGCUGCAAUCCUGUAAAUCAUGUGGUUUCUCGAAGUUCUUUUGUGUUCAACCAGAAUCAACUUAACACAGCAGUGCAACCUUUUGAUGUUACGUUAUCAAAUAGUUCCAGAAGCCAUGUUGAUUUUAAGACACCACAAACAAAUUCUCGUGCGUCAGAGGCCAUGUUUUCUGUGGAGAAUGUAGCUACCGGUUUUACAGCAUCUUCAGAUGGUCACGACUGCAAAGUUGGACCCACUUUGCCAACUGAACAAAAUAGACCCGAGAACCGACUGGAUCCAUUGGUAUAUAAUGUGGAGAAAAUUGCUGCAACUCCUGCCUCUCAACACCGGAAUGCAAAUUCUACCUCCAAUCCUGCUAAGGAGAUAAUCAUCAUUGAUGAUACUCCUGAAAGCGAAGCUGAUUUGGCCUCCGAUGCAACCUUUAAUUCAGGCGUGAUAAACGGUUGGGAGGGUUCUUCAGAGAUAAUCAUCAUUGAUGAUACUCCUGAAAGCGAAACUGAUUUGGCCUCCGAUGCAAACUUUAAUUCAGGCGUGAUAAACAGUUGGGAGGGUUCUUCAGCUGGCAUGUCCAUCCCAAUGGCCUCCAUAUAUAACUCAAGGCAUGUGAAUCCUUUUUAUGGUUAUCAGCCGCAGUUGUCUUCUCCCUACGGUGGAUCACCAAUGGUGUACAAUGCAGGCUUCCAAAUGUUAAAUUCUGGGGGAGUGAAUGUAGGUCCUGUUCGGUGGAAUUGCACUGCCGAAGGUACACACAUACCACAUCCGAGUUCUUUAACAGCUUCAUCGUCUUCUACAGGUCAUCGGAAAUCCACAUCCUAUUAUGCUCCAAGAUUUGCAUAA